UGACCUUUCUUCUUUCUUCAUUAUCUCUUUUACAACUCCAAUUCCUUAUCUUUCUCUUUCUCUCUCUCUCUCUCUCUCUUUCACCCUUUUUCCCACAGUGUCUGCUUCUUCUCUAUACAAAACCACUUCUUCCAAAAAUGGGACGAUCACCAUGCUGUGACAAGGUGGGGCUAAAGAAAGGGCCAUGGACUCCAGAGGAAGAUCAGAAGCUCUUGGCAUAUAUUGAAGAACAUGGCCAUGGAAGCUGGCGUGCUUUGCCAGCAAAAGCUGGACUUGAGAGGUGUGGCAAGAGCUGCAGAUUGAGAUGGACUAAUUAUCUAAGGCCUGAUAUUAAGAGGGGAAAGUUCAGUAUGCAGGAAGAACAAACCAUCAUUCAACUCCACGCACUCUUAGGGAACAGGUGGUCGGCAAUAGCAACACAUUUGCCAAAGAGAACAGAUAAUGAGAUAAAGAACUACUGGAACACGCAUCUGAAGAAAAGGUUAGACAAAAUGGGAAUUGAUCCGGUGACUCACAAGCCCAAGAACGAUGCCAUUCUCUCCACCGAGGGCCAUUCCAAGAGUGCAUCCAACCUAAGCCACAUGGCUCAGUGGGAGAGUGCCAGACUCGAAGCAGAAGCAAGAUUGGUCAGAGAAUCAAAACUACGUACCUCACAUUCAUCAUCACCCUCAUUGCAGCAUUCUCUAAUUGGCACUUCUGCAUCAUCAUCAUCGUCUUCAGCUCCACUGUUACCCUCUUCAACACGUUCUCUUGAUCACGCUUGGAACAAUGGUAGUAGUACUAGUACGGUUGCAACGAGGGUCAGUGAGUCCCCCACUUCUACCUUAUCUGAGAACAAUGCACCGGCAGUUAUGACUAGUGUGAUUGAGUUUGUUGGUUCUUCUGAGAGAGCGAUGGUGAAGGAAGAAGGAGAGCGAGAGUGGAACAAAGGUUUUCAUGAAAGCUCCACCCAUUUGGGAGAAUACAAAGAUGGCAUGGAGAAUUCCAUGCCCUUCACGUCUAGUCUGCAUGAGUUGACAGUGACCAUGGCAACCACGUGGGGUUCCGGCACUACCAGUGCACAUGAACAUGGACAUGUUUCUGAGGAGGGAUUCACCAACCUUUUGCUGAAUUCUAAUUCCGAUCACCGGAGUUUGUCGCCGGAGGGUGGUGGAGAGUCUAAUAAUAAUUGUCUCGGUAAUGGUAGCGAUGGUCAUAACAAUGGUAACGAUAACGAGUUAUACGAAGAUAACAAGAUCUAUUGGAACAACAUUCUUAAUUUGAUGAACUGUUCUUCCCCUUCGACUUCACCCAUGUUCUGAUCGAGUUGCAUUGGAACGGGAAGGUAAAUAAAUCCUUUGCUGAAUUUGAUCAAAACAUGUCUUAAACUUGUGUACCAUUUCUGUUAUUAGAUGUUAUGAAUAUGUGGGGUCUGGUUUGAAAUUUACAUAGUAUGAAAUUAAUACAAAAUUUCAACACCACAAGAGACCAAAAGGAGGGUCCAUUCUAGUGUUGGGAUUGCUUCAAUUGCUGCAUCCAUCAGACCAAACCAAGGGCUAUUGAUUUUCUUCAGUGUUGGCAUUAGAAGGGAACAUAUGAACAGAAGAAAGUGUUGGUUUCCAACAGUAUGGUUGUAUUUUUCUGUCAAUGCUUUCACAUAGAAAAUUGUGUGUCGCUUCCCUACAUCAUUAAAUGUUCAUAUUAUUAAAUUGUUUUUUAA